UUUAAUCUGCGACAACAAAGAGCUGCUGAACAAGGAAGUGACUCAUUGUUCCAGCAAAGGUGAGUCGAUCCGACUUGUUUUAACCAGAUCCAGAUCAGAUCCAGAUCCAGACCCAGACCCAGACCCAGGUGAACAUCCGGAUCAGAGGACGCAAUGGAACCACACACACUCGGUGUCCUGACCCUGUGUCUCCUGCUCGGGCCCGGCCUGGCUCUGAACUGUACCUGGGACAGCUCCGUCGAUCCGGAUCAGGUCCAGGACGGAGACUCCGGGUUUCGUCUGGGAGAAGCGGAGGCUUUGGAGCCGGAAAGGUGCCGGGAGAAGUGCUGCGCGAGGUCGGACUGUGACGUCGCUGUGGUCGGGCUCCCGAUGGACGGAGGGCCGCAGUGUGAGCUGUGGAGCUGUGGGAACCGGAAGCAGAACCAGGACCGGGUAGCGUGCGUGUCCAGGCGCAGCUCCCAGUUCCAGGUUUUCCACAAGCAGGUGAAGAAUGUUGAGUCGAGCCCGGAGGAGCUGCGCAUCCUCCCGUUGCUGAGCUCCGGUGAUCCGCCAAACAACCACAGUAACCACGUUCUGUGUCGCCUGCCGGUGAAGGUGGGGUUGUGUCGUGCUGCAUUCCCGAGGUUUUUCUACAACGUGACAGAACAGAAAUGUCGCAGCUUCGUGUACGGAGGCUGCGAUGCCAACGGCAACAACUUUGAGUCUGAAGACGAGUGUGAGUCAACCUGCAGCAACGUUUCAGGUUCAGUUCUCCCUCAGGACUCCACCCCCGCUCCACUUCAACGUCAUGUCAAAGCAGCUCGAAUGGUUCCAGCCGUCCACACAAGUGGAGCUGAACCUGCUGAUCCCCCUCAGUCCACAGAUCUGUCAGCUGAUGACUACGCAGAGCAGUGUGGGGCGGAGCCUCAGGCGGGUCCCUGCAGGGCAGCGUUUCAGCAUUGGUUCUUCAACCGCCACACAGGCACCUGUCAAUCAUUCAUCUAUGGAGGCUGCAGAGGAAACAAGAACAACCACAUCAGCAAGGAGAGCUGCAUGGCUGCGUGUACAGUGUCCGUCCUGCCGUCCUCUAAGAAAUCAGCUGCUGACGUCUCCACAGAAACUAAAGAGGAGUGUCUGUCGACCCCUGACCCCGGCCCGUGUCGAGCUGCGUUCCCAAAGUUCUUCUUCAACCGCGACACCGGAACCUGUCAGUCCUUCCUGUACGGGGGCUGCCACGGAAACCUGAACCGCUACGGCACCUUGGAGGAGUGUAUGAGCCACUGCAGCGAAGACGGUUCGUUUGACACUCGUGGGACACGUCCUAACCGCUGGACUGCAGCGUUCUUCCUCUUCAUCACUCUGGCCGCCAUAUCCACUCUGCUGCUGGUGACGCUCGUCCUCGUCUCUCUGAGACGUCACCGUCUGUCCCACCGUCCCUCCAUCAGUGAUAAAGAGGAGCUGCUUCCCAACGACCAGUCGUCUGUUGACUCACUGACUCUGCCAGAGAGUCCCAGACCAGACCAGGCCUGAGGAGGGACCACAGAGGGGUCCGGGGCCAAGGAGGGGUCCGGGGCCAAGGAGGGGUCCGGGGCCAAGGAGGGGUCCGGGGCCAAGGAGGGGUCCGGGGCCACAAACAAGAAUUUUCUUCUAUGAUCCAUUCUUUAAUGUGCUUUUUUUUUAAGUUCUGUUUUUAUGGAGUCUUUCCUUUAACAAGACUUUAAAAAUGUUCUCCUUCAUUCAGUUUUAUCUCAUGAUCACUCGUCUGUUUGAUGUUGACACUAAGAUCUUUCAAACUUUAAAUGGUCAUAAUGAAGUAAAAUAUGAAUCAUAUGUUUAUGGUUUCAUGUUACCUAAACACGUCUCAUGAAAUGUAAACACGUCACAUGACUAAACCUUUGGUCUUAAAUUGUUACUCUUCACUUUAUGAUUAUCGCUUCUCAGUUUUUAUAUUUUAUGAUUAAAUAUUUAAUCAGAUGUUUGUUGAUGUGUUGAAACUACUUAAAAACCUGACGUCGAAUUAAACUCAAGAAAAAAAACAAAUCUACCAGUUUUAAUUUGAAAUGAUCAGAAAGUUUUGAAACAUUUAAUACUCAAAUUUCUGUCUGAAAGCAUUGGAACCUACAUGUCCCAUAAUGCACCUGGACUGUGUCAGAGCCAGACUUUCUACAAAUAAAUGUGUAACAAACAUGUUUUCUCAAGGGGAUCAGAUUUUUAAGAUUAUAAACUUAAAUAUUUUAUGAGACCUUCAAACAGACGGAAUAAUGUAACAAGUUUGAAUUUGAACUGAAAGAUGACAUCUCAUUUUCAUUAAUCAAUUAUUCAUAAUCAGUGUGUUGGGUUUAAUCUGUGAUUCAUGAUAAUUGAAGCUUGAACUGAUUUGACCUGUAAUAAAUUAACUGUUGAUUCA